CGCGUCGCCUGACACUCGUCCACCCCGACGAUCGCUUCUGUGCCUCCAUACAACAACCAUAUCAUCACUGCGCACAGGGCGCGCGUAUUAGCUGCGCUUAGCUGGUUCAUCGAUCGAUCGUCGAGGAUACAGCGAUAACGACGCCGGCGUGCGAAUCGCUAUGUGCCACCGAUGAAAAAACUGAAAGUAAAGUUGGAAAACAGCGAGACGACGGGGACGUCAACGGCGACGGCGACGGUGACGACGACGACAACGACGGCGACGGCGACGGCAACGGCGGGGCAGCAUCAGCAGGCGGUCGAGAUGGCGGGCGGAUUGAAUGCGAACGCGACUGACACCACUGACUCCGCGAACCGGAUCUGCCGAGACUUUUUGAGAAAUGUUUGCCACCGUGGGAAGCGUUGCAAGUAUCUUCAUGAGCGUUCCGAGGACGAUCCUGUGGAGGAAUAUACCUUCUGCCACGACUUCCAGAACGGUCAAUGUAAGUGGUUGGAAUGCAAGUUUCUCCAUUGCACGGAGAGCGAAGAGAAGCGUUUCAGAGCUACCGGCGAACUGCCGCCCCACGUUCUCAAUCGAUCCAAGAUUUGCAACAACGACAAGCCGGAUCAUCCGUUGUGCAAAGACUUUAUGAAGGGGAGCUGCCAGAGGGUCAACUGCAAGUUCAGGCAUUGGAAGAAGGAGGAGCCGCAGCACAAUCUCAUGUCGCCGUCCCAUCACAACGCAUCCAGACCGCAACUCAACUUCAACGGCACCAGCAACGGCGGUGGUGUCGCCGGCGACGGACGCAGAUACGAGGAGGACAGAAACUUUCACUGGCAAAUGCAGGAUCAUAACAAUUUGGUCGCUAAUAACGGCGGUUACAACACGUCGCAUCCAGCUGAUUAUAUCGGACCGCCAGAACCAAAGAGGCGAUUAGUAUCGGGUGAAACGGUUGUACACUUCGAAGCCUCUACGAUCGUGGGUCAGCAGCACGCGACUCAACCGACGGUCACGCCGAGCUAUUAUUACCCCGUAAUACCGCGUAACGAGGCACGAGCCAUUGUUCUGGAGGAUGAAAAUGUACUACUGAGGAAGAAGAUAGAAGAGUUAAAGAAACAGGUUAGCGACCUGACGGCGACAAAUGAGUUUCUGUUGGACCAAAACGCCCAGUUAAGAAUGUCGGGCAAACGAACCGCAAACGUGACCGCUGUAACAGUUCCGGCGGUUACGAUUACGAAUACGGUUCCACAGUCACAGGCUCCGACACCUCAACAAAUGGUCAACGCGGCCGUGGCAGCGGGCACCCUCCGAACGGUCACCGCCAGCGUGGCCACUGUCCCCGUGAGCAUCGCGACCGUAGCUCCCGUCUCUAUCGCGGCGGUCUCCAUGGCACCGGUCUCGAUACCACCGCCGAUCGUCACCAUGGCUCAACAAACUAUUUCGAUGAGCGGCUCCGGGCCUCCCCAGCCGACUAAUCAGCAACCACCGAACACUCAGCAACCCGCCAGUUUACCCUUGUCGAUAUCUGGCCCGACCGCACCCCUCGUUUCUUACCCUAUUAUGACGCAAGAACUUAGGCCUGUCUUGCAAUAAGUUGCGUCACAACAAUAGGAACGACACUUUGUAUCUGAUAGGAUAACUAUGUACACACAUAUACCACCUACUCGGCUAUGUAGGCGAAUCAAGGAUCAUAAUGCGCGUCCAUCUUCCUCUACUGUAAAUCGUACUUCUCUUACAAGUACGCUCGAAAGUAUAUACGGAAGAUAGAAACCAGCGGCUGUGGGAUGAUGUAUCACCGUAGUAUAAAUAGACACAUUUGUAUGGAUGUAA